AUGGCUGAAGAAGGGUGAGUCGUUUUGAAUUUUUAAAUGGAUUUAGGAGAAAUUGAUGUGGUUAUUUUCAGUAGUGAAGACAAUGUGAAUGUCGAAAUUCAAGCUCAAGUUUUGGAUGAAGAAAGUGCUAAGGUGAGUGUUUGGUUCUUUUUUGGGAUAGGAAAGGGAUAAAUAAUCAAUAAAAUGAACAACUGAUUUGAUAAAUAAUUUGCGCUGGAACUGUUUCAAGAAAUAAAUAACAGAAGUUUAUCGCUCCCAUGGAUUUCCGUUUAGCUUUUGUACAAAGGUUUACGAAUGCUUUUUUUGGAUGAAACGUUUAAAAAACUGAAUUUAACAGCUAGAUAACGUGAAAAAAAGCGAUAGAAGAAAUUCUUUUGUGAAUAGAAAAAAAUCUAGAUAUUUGGAAUUUGAAUGUUUUGUUUCCCAGACUCCACCGACUUUCAAAAAAUAUGAUUUUAAUUAUUAACGUAUUGAUUAGGCGGAGUGUGCUGAAUGGGGCAUAAUAUAAAACAUUUUGUUACGAAAAUAUUCGCAAGAAGUAAAUUUUUAACGGUUUUCUUCCAAUUUUCCUUUUGCCGACAUGUUUAAAUUGGGAAAAUAUAUUUUAUUAGAUUAUUUUUAGCUAAAACAAUAUAAUAACUAAUUUUUAGUAGCUCAAAUUAUGAAACAUAUAUAAAAACUAUUUUAUUGCGUGAGAACCAAAUUUGUUUUGUUUUAUUCCAUAUCUAUCGGAAAAAUAUAACAACAUUUUCAGAGUGAAUCGGUCGAGCAAAAUCCAUCUGAAAGUGUUGAAAACAAUCCAUCGGAAACCAAGGAUACUGAAUCAGAUGAACCAAUGGAUACUGGUGAAAUCUUAGAAGAUCCUAUUGAUCCUAUUUCGAAUGAUGCAACUCAAGCUACAGAAGACUCUUCAGAAUCUGUGGAACAAGCAGAAUCUACUGAUGCUACUCAAGGUACAGAAGAUCAAGUGAUGCAAGAAGAAUCUGUGGAGCCAGCAGAGUCGGCUAAUGCAACCCAAACAUCGACUGAAAUUUCUGAUAAUGCUAGUCAAGUUGUUGACGGUCAGUCAAUUCAGGAUCAUGCUCCAGAAUCUGUUGAUCCAUCUGAAUCAACUCAAGCGACUGAUAAUCAAACAACUACUGAUAUUUCGGAUCCGAGUCAAGAUAUUUAUGAACCAGUUUUGUCAAAUGAAGCUACUGAUGAUCAAUCCGACACUGCAGAAUCCACGAAUGCUACUCAAGCUACUACUAACGAUCAACCAAUAAUAGAUUCUGGAACAACUGAUUCAGUAGCUGCUACGCAAGCUUCAGAUUCUGUUGAGCAACCAAUAACAUCUACUGAUGGUGCUGUUGAAAGUGAUGAUGGUGAAAUCACAGACGAUGAGGUUUGUAUUUUUUUCUUCAAAGAUUUUUGAUCAUUCUGAAAUAAUCACAACUAAUUUUAUGAAUAAUUCCCUGACAUUUUUGUUAUUAGAAAUUUUCUCAUAUUCAAAAUGUUUCAAAAUUUAGAAUUUGUAGAUCCAUUUUGUAAAUCAUUUUUUUUGCAGAAAGUCGAAGAAAAAUCGGAAGAAUCGAAGCGUGAAAAAGAUGCAAAGCGGAAGGAUAAAAAGAAGCAUAAGACUUCGAAACAUAAAAGAAGGUUGGUUCAUUUUUUGAAAAUGCUUUGGGUUUGUGCUGAAAUAUCGGGGAAAAACCAUCUAGUGAAAUUAUUUGAGAAUUUUGAUCUGUUUUUGUUAAUUAUCUGAAUUGUGAUUCUGUAGAAAAGAUUGAACUUCAGCAUGUGAUUGUGAAAUUUUUUUUCGUCAAAAAAUUAAUGAUUUAUUCUCAUAUUUAAGACAAUUGGAGCUUAUGAAGUUUUGAAAAAUUCGAGAAAUAAUAUUCAAAAAUAUUGAAAUUCAUAUAGCAUACAAUCAAUUUUAUAACAAAAAAUUGAAAAAAAGUUAUCGUAUAAAUUUCGAUGUUGUUUUUGAUUCACACCUAACCUCUCUGAACAUAUUGAAAGUAAGUCUAUUUUGUACGUUUUCUGAUUCUAUGAUGUAUUUUCCAAUUCAAAAUUCAGUUAUUCAUCUAUUCAAUUUCUUCUCACAUGAUACCGCGUUCAUUUUUUUAUACAUAUAAAAAUGUUCCAAAAUUGGUUUUCUAUACAAAUAUGAAAAACUUUCAAAUAAAAUCACCUGUUUGAACUUUCAAACAUUUUUCUCUGUUCAUAUUUCCCAUUAAAAACUUGUAAAGUUUGUAUAUGAUUGCAAUUAGCCUAGACGAAAUAAACAUUUCCGGCAAUUUUUUUUUGGUUUCACAUUAGCGCACUAAAAUCAUUUCUCGACAAAUUUCCGGCUUCAAGUUUUGAAUGAUUUAUUAUCCGAUUAUUCAUUUUUUUCUCUUUCAAACCAUAUUUCCAUAAUAAUAAUAAUAAUAAAACGAACUUUUUUGUCAAAACGUUUUUUUCGAGAUGUGAAAACCCCUAUUUUUCAAAAGUGUUAUUUUUCCAUUUUAAAAAUGAAAAUAACAAAAAAUAUAUAGAUAUAUCUUUUCUUUCGAGCAAGCUUUUUGAGCAUCUCAGGUUACAAACUGCACUUGUUGUAAAAUUUUUGGAAGGUCAAAUUAACAAAAAAUAUAGUAUAAUAAUAGAAAAAUGUAUAGUUUUUCCCUUUUGAAAAAUCCCUUUUCUGGGAGAAGUGAGAAAAAUCUCAUAAAUCUUCACAAAAAUCACAAUUCCAUUUCUCAUUUUUCAUCUAUCAAUGACCUUCGUCAACGCUUCUUUUUUCAUCUAUCUUUUUUUCUACCAUGACGUUUUUUCGCAAUAAUGAAAUAGACGGAAAAAAUGGGAAAAAGUGUGUGGUUCGAAGUUGUUUGUGUUUUUAACGUUAAUUGACUGUUUUUUUUUGUUCGAAUUAGGUUUUUCUUAUAACUUCUAACAAACUGACUAACUAAAUGAUGUUCAACUGAUGAUGAUAAGAUGUAUUUUAAAAGUAAUUGUUGUUGAAAACCUUCUUGACGUUAUGAAUUUCCUGGUUCUAGUUUAGUUUAUUGAAGAUUCCUUGUCGAUAACUGUAUUCAGAACCACACACUUAUAAUAUUUAUUUUAGAUUUCCAAGACUUUUCACAACUUUUGAGGUUUACUUUUUUGGAAAAAAUAUUCUUUGAAGCUUUCGUGGACUUCAGUAAUUCUAUGAACUUAGGAAUGAACACUUACUGAAAUGGAAAAUAGUUUGAGAGUGGUUUGGGUUUUCUCUGAAAAUUUAAUAGUUCAGAGUUUGCCGCACUUCGCAUGGUCAAAAUUAAGUUUUAAAUGUUCAAAAAUUGAAUUUUCAGAAACUAGUUUCCAAAUAAUGUUAUAGAACUCCGCCCCAAACUGUUUGAUUUAUAAAAAAAUCAUAGACGGUCAAAGACUUCCCAGUUUUCUUUCCAGUUUUUGAUUUUAGAUUCUUUUGUCUCGAAAUUUUGUUUUAUUUGGUACCAUCACAUUUCUUGCCUAUUUUUAAUGUUAGAAGUAGAAAAUUACAAUCCCUAUCAAUUACUGGUUUUAUCUUUAUUCAAUAUUGUGAUACUUUCGAUAAAUUUGAUCCUCAUUUCAAAUGUUCUUUGAAAAAGAACAGUUCUCCAAAUAAUCAAUAACUUUUCGUCGCACUUUCUAUCUUUCCCUCUUUUUCCCUUAUACAUAAAUAUACUCUCCACUCAUCAGUGCAUUAAUCGAAACCAAAAACCAAUAUCAAAAAUAUGCAUACCUGUUCUCAAUCUAUGUUUCAAUGCUCUUUUUUCUGCUAUUUCUGGGGUGUUGCAAAUGUACAUACUUGGUUGUGUACUUUGACUUUCUUCAACUAUUUUCCUUCAUCUCUCCAAAUCUGUCUUGCCACCACCACUUUUUCUUGUUGUUGUUCUCGGGCGGUCAGAGCAAAUUUGUUUGUACACAUACAACAUGUAUGUAUGUGUAUGUUCAUCUUCUUCUCUGUCAUCGCUUAAAAAAGAGGGCCCUCCCGAAAAAAAAGUGGCUCUUCCCCUUCUUUUUUCUUCUUCCUACGUCUUUUUUGGCUUUUUCAAGUUCAGGUUCUAGAUUUAGGAUUACUUGAAAAUGAACUUCUCCAGAAAACUGAUCAGUUUUUUUUUGCAUCUUAAAAUUUUCAGCUGAAAGUCACUGGCUUCGAUGUACCAAAUAUUUAUGAGAAAUACCAUGUAGAUUAGGGAAUCUGAAUUCCGCCAGAAAUAUUUCAUAAGUAUAUUUCAAAACAAACUGAUUCACUUUUUGAAAACACCAUUUGAAAUUUGCUAAUAUUUUUUGAAAGUGUCUUACAGUUAGUUUUAACAAUUUUUAGUAAGAAAUUGGUUGGAACUUUGAAUACGAAUAAGAAACCUGCUCUAGUCUAAUUUAAGUUUCAAAAUUAUUACGUAAAACUGAAGUCCAUAAAUAACCAAAAAUAACAUUCGCUUAGAAAUCCAGAAGUACGACGUCAUCUUGUGAAAGUUCAUAAUUUUUUUUCAAAUUAUUUGACUGCUUUGAAUUCGUCACUGUCUCGAAAAAUUAUUCAAUCAUGAUUAUUUAAAAAUAUUCUGGUAGAUGCAAAUUUUAAAAUUCCGAGAUUUUUAACCAGUUUUUCGAAUUUAAUUUAAAAAUUUGAAUAAAACCUAUGGAUAAGAUAAAAUAGUUCAAAGUGUUUUUUAUUAUCAAUGGUUUUUGACCGGGUUAAUCUGUGAAGCAAAAAAAACCGGAUAUCACCUUAUCUUCUUUUCGCCAAUAUUUUUAUUGUCUCAAAAUAUCCAUGAAAAUUUUUGGCAACAUUUUUCAAUUAUUUUUUCUCCAAUAGUUUUGUUUUACAAACAAAAAAAAGAUUGCAUAGAAUAAAACCGGUCCGUUUUCAAAACAAAUAGAGUUGCAAACUUAUCAAUUUUUCCCUCUCAAAUCUUGAGAAAAUAGUGUUUUGUUUUUUUCUUGGCUUGGCUUUGCUGCUAUAUUUAUCUUACCAGACAAUUUUUUUCUCACUCACUUAUUUUUUUUUGCUGCGUUCCAUCUUAUCUUCUAUAAAAAUUGAGUCGAGCUAAACAGUUGUCACAUGUAAAAACUGAUUUAUUGUGUGAUUUGCGGAGAAUAAAAACAUAAUGAAACUUUUUGUAGGUCUCGCUCAAGAUCCCCAAGAAAUCAUCAUCGGAGAAGUCGGAGCUCAUCACCAGUACACGCUGAUCACUCAAAUUCCGGGCAAAAAAGCUCAUCACCUUCAAGGUUAUUUUGAAUUUGAAAAAUUCAAACACCACUGAAAUACUCAUUGUUCUUUUUUAGAUCAUCCCGCGACAACAAUGGUCAUACAAACGGUCGUAAACACCAAAGCAAUGGUGACAGCAGCAAACGUCGAAAUGGAACCGCCGAAAUUGAUAAGAAGGAUAUGUUCAAAAGUCCCGCACUUCUUCAAGCCAGAUGUCAACAAGUUGUACAGAUUGGUGAAAAUCAGGUAGGAUUAAUGGAAUUUUCUAGGAUGACGGCAAGGAUUAUAUUUUUUUUAUUAAAAUGAGCUUAAAGUACUGUAGAUUAGCUCUGAAAAUCUUUGUCUGAAAAUUUGUUUGGCAUUUUCAAUUUUGUUGAGUGGUUUCGAUACUGAAAUUGUUCUAGGAUCUCUUUUUUGUUAAAUUUUCUCGUUUAAGUUCUGUGAAUCAAGUUCUAAACCUUUGUUAAAAAUAGCGCCAAAAACCAAAGUCUCUUGGAAUCAAAUUUCAUUUCUACAUAUCACAUCAUUCUCGAAAAAAGUUUUCUCUCUCUCUCUCUCGCAAAUUCAUAAACAUUUCAUUUCACUUCUCUCUGCCUCCACUAUUACUAUUCCCACCAAAAAAGGUCAUACACUACAGUACGCUCCAGCAAAUUUUUCAUAAACAAACAAAAACUGAAAUCAAAUGAUAAGUUUUUUUUUGUGAGGUUGGAGGUUAAUUGCGUCAUCAAUAUAUCUCUCAAUUUUUUUUUCCAAUAUUAUUUUUCUUCCCGAGAUUUUUCGUGGUCAGAAAAAAACGCGACAUACGUGACAAAAUGAACAGAAAUCUUUCGGGCUCACAGCAACAAAAAAAGCUUCGCAUCUUAUCUUUGAGAAAGCUGCUUUUUUUCCCUCAGUCAUUCAGAUUAGCUGUUUUUUUUUGUUGCUUUCACGUCAGCAAGAAAAGAUUCAUAUUUCGUUGAACUUUUGGUUGAAGAACGACACAAAAAAGUUUUUUUUUGUGUUGGAAAAUUGCAUCAUUGUCAUUCGUCUUAUAUUUUUUCACUUGCCCCGUGUAUCUUCUGUGUAUGUGUACUUUUCGGGGUUGGUUUUUCUUUGACAGACAAAACUGUGUGUAUGUGUGUGAACUAUUGAUUUUGACAAUAGAUAGUGUACUUUGAACAGUCAACUUUAUUUUGUUGCAAAAAAUAACUGUUUGCAAACUUCUCAAAUUUCAGCCAUUGUUCUAGCUUCAAUUUUUUAUCCUUAAAAAUGUUCACAUUAAACACCACCAUCUGAGAAUCGAAUGUUGCGUCUUUGGUUUUUUCAUUUUUCGAUUAUUAUUUUUUAUCAAACAUUGUAAAAAUGUACAGCCCCAAAGUUCGUGUUCACAUUUUAUAUUCUCUAUGAAACAAAUUUGCAUCAUUAAUUUUUCCUGAUAGCUACAGUAUUCCUGAAAAAUUCCGGCAACACUUUCAUUUUGAAGAAGUUAGUUCAAAUUCAAUUGUUAGGAUUAACUUUAUUGACAUUUUCAGACAAUAGAAUCAAUUAAUCUACAGUAACCCAUUCAUUUUGGAGUUUCUGAAUGUGAGUAUUAGUUUUCAUUAUUUGUUCAUUUUCUAAUCGGAGAAAUCACGUAAACUUUAUCUCUCGUAUUUUGUGACCGGUGAAUUUUUUUUUGAAAAUUGUAGCUUUCUAGUGAUGUUUUCUAGUCAGUAGAUUUUGACUGUAAAGAGACUUCAAAAAUUGUAGAAUUUUUUUAAAUAUCAGAAAACAUUAGCCAUUUCAAUUCAAGAUUCUUCCGCGAAGUUUAUAUAUCUGCUACAGUACUUUGUAUUUUGUAGUCAAUCGUCAGAAGACUUGAACUUACCAAAUUUUCAGAAAAACCUUUAAAAAAUUUUAACACUCUUCAAUAGUACUUCUUGAAUCUGAUUUUCACAAAGCGGAUUUUUUUCCAAAAAAAAACGUUUAUGAAUGUUUUGCAAUUCGAAAACUGUAGAUCAAAAGUUCUUGAGCAUUGUACAACUAAAUUUCUGCGCGCACAAAACACUAUAUUAAUCCUCCUCCUCUUCUCCUUCUUCUUCUUCAAAAGAAGCAACUUUUCUAGUUUGAUCAGAGGACUCAGGUCAACAUAAUUGCACCAAAGAAUAUUUCCUCUUUUUCCUCAUCUUUUACAUACACACAUAUAUAUAUAUUAUUUGAUAAGUGUAGUAUAUCCAUCUUCUCCCUCCACUUGAAACACCCGAACGACUAAACUGAUGACCUGCUCCAAACUUAUUUGUUUACAACUCCGCACCCACCUUGCUUCUUUUUUUUUCACUUACCCGCAAAAAACACACCCCUUUUGCUCCCAUAUCAUUUAGUUUAGUAAUUCACCCCUGUCCUCCUUACAGGUAAAGGGUAAAUUUUCAACUGUAAAAAGUCUAUUUUUCGAGAGCUAUUGUAAAUAGUGAAACGUACUUUUACUUUGCUCCUCUCCUCUCCUUUUUUUCAAAAGUUUUUCGCUAUUUGUAAGAAAACAUUAUCAAUCUUAUCUUUUUUUUUCACUUCGCCUUGACUGUGUCUUCAUUAUUUUUAUUAUGAUUAUUAUCAGGUGAUUCCAGUUUUGUUUCAACUUUUUUUCGCGUUCGUUCGUUCUUUUCGGUAGACAAUUUUUUGCUUUUCUCCUUUCUUCCCGCGAUUAUUUUUUUUCUGCGUUUGUUACAACAUUUCUGGGAUAAGUCAAUUCUCAAAGAUUCAAAAAUCCCCAUCUUUUACACAUAUAUAAUGGAACACCUCCUUCCGUUUUUUUUUCUUUUUUCUCAUUACAAUCAUUGAGUGUGUGUAACUUUUUUAAGUAAAGAUAAAGAAGAAAAUUGCAUCAUUUGUUUCUAGGCUGCUCAAAUCAGCGAUCAUGAACUUCGAACAUAUAUCAAAGAAGUGGUCACACUUGAACGCGAAUUGGACAAAUAUCAUAAUAAGCGAGAAUUGUUGAAAGGGUGAAUUUUAUUUCUUUUUAAAUAAAAAAAUAAAAAAUCAAUAAUCUUUUUUCAGUGAACUGCAAGAAAUGUCAAAACGCGAGAUGGAUUUGAUCAAAAAAAUUCAUUCGGAGAUGCCGCGCCACAUGCAAAGCGUUUUGCGAAUCGAUGGAAAUUCGGUGCACAUUGAAAGUUAGUUUUUUUUCGUCAUUUUUAUUUCAUUUUUUGACGAAAAAUGAGUCGUUAAACAUUAAUCGCUUUUUUCCCAGGAGCCAACGGAGCUCCAGGAGGAGCUGGUUUCCCAUUCGGAAUGAUGCCACCAUUUGCUAUGCCACCAGGAAUGAUGCCACCAAUGGAUAUGAAGUGAGUUGUUUUUUUUUUGCAAAAGAUUUCUCAAAACUAUAUAUGUUCUAGAUUCCCUCCACCCUUCCCACCGCCAGCUGGAAUGUUCAGACCGCCACCAAAUUUCCAUAUGGGUCCGCCGCCACCAUUUGCAAUGGGACGUGGACCCCCGCCAAAUGUGAUGCAUCCGCCACCGAAAAUUCCGACGCCACCAGAAAAUCGGCGAACUCCACCGGUUUUCAGCCAGCCACCUCCAAUCUCGGUUAGUUUAGAAGUAUUUGUAAAAUAUUUAUGGGGAAAUUUGAGAUUUUGGGAAAAAUACUGUAAAUUAGAAUUUAAAUUGAGAAGAUUCCAAAAGUGAGAGAGUAUGGAAAAAUUACAGAUUUUAGGAAUCUUUGAAAAUUUUUUCAUCAAUAAAUAAAUUAUAUAUUUCAAUCAAUUUAUUUCAGCAACAAGGUGGAUUCCCGGACUUUUCGAAACCUCCACCAAUUCCACCAAUAAUGGAAAAAGGCGGCGAGUCGGCUAAAGAAAAUGCCGCAAAAACUGGCGCAUCUCGGCCAGCCGCUGUUUCAACUCCACCAUUCAGAUCAUCAGGAGUCGCCACCGAAAUGGCGGAAAAAUCAAACAAACUGACGAGUAUGCUAACCAACGCAUUAAAAGCUCAUGUUACACAGGUGUGGAUUUUUUGCUCAUUUAUUUUGUUCUCCUUUAUCAAAAAAAAUUGUUUGUCUCUCUGGCUUUGCAAGACGAAUUUCCUGGUUCAUCUCAUAGCACCUGACAUUUCCAGCCAGUCGGCAAAAUGUUAUCACAUUAAUUUCAGAAACCUCAAUCACCAUUCGGAAACGGAAGCCCUUCUUCAACUCAAAAUGCCGUGGCACCAAAACCAGCGGUGCCGAGUUUGAUGAGUGUUCCGAUUCGAGAACCGCCAAAUCUUCGUGGACUUCCUGGAAAACGAAAACGUAUGAUGGGUUAGUUUUUUCUCUUUUUUUUCUAAAUUUUUUGUUAUAUUUUCGUCUAUUUGUUCUUCUCUACUCGAGUCAUGCGUCGAGAAGAAGAAGAUGAAGAAGCAGCAAAAAAAGAGAUUUUUUAAAAGAAAAACAAAACUUUUUUCUUUUUUUUUCUAUUUUUUCAGCUAACAAAAAUGUUGUUUUUUUUUUCAGAAGACGAAUGA